AUCACCUUCAUCUUGUCGCAUUAUUCGACAUCUGCUUUUCUUAUCCUUUCAUCUGCUUUACUUUUCUUUCAGCUUGAACUUGACUGACUUUAACAAAUCCCACAUCGCCUACCUAGGCAACGACUACGAAACAUCCUAACAAUGUCAAAGCCAGGCGUACACCGCGUGCGCAACCUUCUCAUCAUCGGCACAGUAUUCGUAUGUGUCGUCCUUGCCGCAGUCCUCGGAGGGGUCCUCGGCUCCCGCGCAGCCAAGAACAAUACCUCGAACACCUCCUCUAACGGGUCAUCCAGCGGCGGUAGCGGGGGAAGUAAUGGAGGCAGCAACGGAGGCAGCAAUCAGCCUAGUAUAGCCGGCGUGCCUGGUCGGUUCGCAGUGGCGACGGAUACAUGGGGGCAUCCGAUCUACCCUACCGCCACCGGCACCGCACAAUACACGGCGCCUACCAUUGACCCCGCAGACGCCCUCGUCACCUGGCCCCCAGACCCCUUCCAACCCUCCAACCCCUCUCCCACCCAGGUGCGCACCGAUCGCCCACGCUUGAUCGCCCCUGCCUACAAGUGGGAAGCCCUCCCUGGCCUGAUCGCGAAAGAUGCUUACCUCGCCGGGUGGAACGCGACCAUCUUCGGGAACGCGAGUGCGUAUGCUGCUGGUCCCCUGACGAACUACUCCAUCGAUGGCUGCCUUAGCUGCUCAGGCGUGCUCGACGUCGCUCGCCAAGUGAAGGUCAAGGUCAAGUCAUGGGCAUAUGCCUACCGUAUGACGAACGACUCCACUUGGCUCGACCGCACUUGGGAGGAACUGGUGAACGCUGCCGGAAACAACAGCGCGAACUACUUCGGUGUCCAGGGGAACAACUGGAACGACGUGCAUUUCCUCGACUUGGCCGAGUUCACUGCCGCGUUCGCCAUUGCCUACGACUGGAUGUACGACGGCUGGAGCGACACCCAACGCACUGCUAUCAUGUGGAGCAUUAUUGACCUCGGCUUGUCGUACGGUAUUGCCGCAUACACAAAUGGUGACAACGGCAACUCCUGGUGGAACGCGGUGAACGGUAACUGGAACUGCGUCUGCAACUCUGGGCUCACCAUGGGUGCCCUCGCUAUCCUGGGCGACGACCCCACCGGCUCGGCCACGCAGAUGCUCGGGUAUACAGUUGACAACGCCAAAGCAAACUGUGCCCAGGCUCCUAGCUCGGACGGAACCUGGAGCGAGACCGCCAACUACUGGUACUUCGGCACUAUGGCGUUUUCAGAGAUGACAAGCUCUCUCAUGACUGCCACUGGGAGUGACCAAGGCAUGUUUGACGCCAACCCAUCGUUCAACCUUACCGGGCUGUACCAUAUGUACGUUACCGGCAUGACUUCGUUGUUCAACUAUGGUGACUGCGGCCCGAACAAGUACUCCACCAACGCCAACGGCAUGAUGCUCUUCGGCGAGCACUACAACGCACCGCGGUACAUGCUCUUCCAGCGUGACCAGUUCGACGCUGCUGAGCCCUGGUCUAUGUUUUGGUACGACCCUGCUGUCUCCGGUGCUUGGUGGGAUGACCUGCCCCUGGACCACUACUUUGACGACCCGAAGAACACGUGGGCCUCUAUGCGCUCAAGCUGGACAGACAACAACGGCCUUUACAUCGCUAUGAAAGCUGGGAACCUCACGGACCACCAGACGCAUGGUGACCUCGACUCUGGCGACUUCGUCCUCGACGCGAUGAUGCAGCGCUGGGCGGGUGAGCUUGGUUCCGGGGACUACGACGCUCUGGAUUACUUCAGCAGCGAGGGCCAGGAUUCCUAUCGUUGGAGCUACUAUCGCAAAGGCACAGAGGGGCAGAACACUGUCCUCCUCAACGACCAGAACCAGAAUGUGCUCGCCUCCCCCACAGGUAACUUCGGCUCCUCGGGUACCGUCCAGCCUGCGGCGACAGAAUUCACCCUCCCAUCGGACAGCACAGCGUUCUUCACUGCGGACCUGACGAGCACGUAUAACGGCACCUCGCUUCUGCGCGGAAUCAGGAUGCUCAACACCCGCCGCCAAGUCCUGCUGCAGGACGACAUCAACACCCAAGAGCCUUUCAUCUGGCGCAUGCACACCAACGCCACUGUCACCAUCAACAGCGCUACAUCAGUCACACUCGCCCUGGGUGGGGAGACGAUGUCUGUGGAACUCCUGAACGCAGCUUCCGGCGUUCAGUUCUCCACUAUGCAACCAGUGAGGUUUGAUACCGAUAUGCCCCUCCCCAGUGGCGCGGUCGACCAGCCCAACCCGGGCGUGACGGUGCUCACUAUCCAGCUUCCCGCAGGCCAGUACUCUUUGCAAGUGCUGUUCAACCCCGAAUGGCCGGGUAUGCAAGCGAGCGACUUUGUUACCCCUCCUUCAGUCAGCGUCAGUCAAUGGUCUCUUACCUCCCAUAACUGAGGAAUUGGGCAACUGGGCAAUUGAACAAGUUGAUUAUACACCUGGUAGCAACGGACUGGACCGGAUGUCGUGUAGCAUUUCGUACGCAAGCACUCAUUUUAUCAGAACGGACAGAGCAUACCACACCUCUAGUAGAGAUCUCAUAGUUCCUUUGUAUUCCAUUCCCCUCAAUCACACACUCUCUCACCCACGACCAACUAGGACACUGGAGCUCACACCUCCCCGCCAAACGGCUUCCCCUCGAUAGACUCGGCAUACUCUUUCACCGUCGUCCACUUCCAUUUCUCCUGCCCUGGGUUCACCCACUCAUUCGCACAGUCCUUGCUGUUGUCCAGGUCCCCCUGACCCAUAAAGAACCUCAAGCACCCAGCGGCGUUCCUAUCACCAUCAAGUGUUUCCUGCUUGAACGGUGCGAGCUCCUUCUUGCGAACUUCGAUCUCCUCCCCGAGGAUGGUGCCGAAUAUCCUCGCCACCUCGCUGUAGCUCACCGCAUCCCCACAUACGCGCAGGUACAGUGCCGCGGGCAGCUUGUCCACCUCCGCAAAUGCCUUGACCACAGUCUCUGCCGUGAGUCGGCCCACAUCCGGCAACGCGGUAUACGCAACCUUCUCGGGCCGAAGGAGCCUUCCAUGAACAGGCCUGUGUAGAUGGAGAUGACUUUCUUCUCCGUCUGCGAGGUGAGAAGGUCGAUCACGGCUUUCUUCCCAUCCCAGUCUUUUUGCUGUCUCUGGAUGUUAGCUGACAAUCUACAACACGUUAUGAAAGGACGUACACUGAAGUCCACACACCGGUGAUCCACACCAAAUUCGCUCGGGAUGAUGAUCUUUACGCUUUUCACGCCCAGGACGGCUUGCAUCAGCGGCACCUUGACCUCUUUUCCCGCCUCCUUCGUCCCUAUUGCACUGAUGAACACAUCUGCGCCCUCGACGGCGGCAGAGACGCUGGCCGGGUCGGUAUAGUCUACCAGGCGGAUCUCAGCGCCUUGGUACUCGAAGGAUUGGGCUUUCUCGGAUUUGGAGCGCGUGAGAACACGCACGGUCGGGUUUGAGGGGUGCGAUAGGAGCCCGGUGGUGAUGUAGGACCCGAGGUAGCCAGUGCCUCCAGCGACAGCGACAACAACCAUUUUGAGCAGGUAUGGGUGGUGGAUUGUAGGUGAUCAAGAGCGCCCUGCUGUUGGACAUGGCUCCCCCCAUAUAUAUAUACGGGUUUGUAUCACAUCGUGGAGGCGUAUUGCGACUCGCAGCAUGUACAACAUUCCUUGGCCUUCGGAAAAACAUUCAGGCGCAACUUAUCUCAGCUUUAUUACAACUCAUUCAC